GAACGGGUUGAGGCGCGCAGCGGGUCGCCGCCGUCGUGUCCCCGCUCCGGUCCCCGCUCCCGCUCCGCCGGCGCCGCGCGAGGGCCCCGCGCCAUGUCCUUCCGCCAGAGGAGCCCGCACGGCGGCGGCACCGCCGGCAGCCCACAGCCUCCACCUCGGUGGUCUCAAGGAAGGAAACGUGGAGCAGAUGGAAAACGGAGAAAGAAUGAACCAGAUUCAUCUGUUUUUGGUGAAAAUGAGCAUAGGCCUUCUGACAGCAGGCUGGACAGUUUUACAACACCAGAAGGCCCUGGACCCCUUUCACGGUGUUCAGACUGGGGAACUGCAGUGGAAGAAGAUGAAAUGAGGACCAGCGUUAACAAAGAAAUUGCAAGAUAUAGAAGAAAACUCCUAAUAAAUGAAUUUUCAAGAGAAAGGAAGUCCUCCUCUGGAAGUUCUGAUUCGAAGGAGUCCACUGUCUCAGUAGAACUUGAGACGGAUGAAGUAGUUUUGAUGAGAAGACAAAAACAGAUAAACUAUGGAAAAAACACAAUUGCAUAUGAUAGAUACAUUAAAGAAGUUCCUAGAUGCCAUCGUAUACCAGGAAUUCAUCCCAGAACUCCAAAUAAAUUUAAGAAGUACAGCCGUAGGUCAUGGGACCAGCAAAUUAAGUUAUGGAAAGUUGCAUUGCAUUCCUGGGAUCCCCCUACUGAAGAAGGAUGUGAUCUGCAAGAAAUUAGUCCUGUUGAUCUUGGCGAGAUGGAGACAGAAUCCAUAGGAAGCAAUUCUACUGAAUCUCAAACAAGUUCUCAAGAUAAUGAUGACACUUAUUCUGGCACUCCCACAAAAGUCAGACAUGUCAACUAUCAAGCAGAAGGUGAAUUUGACUUAGAAGCAUGUUUGAGUGAGCCACUUAAAGAUUUCAACACUGUGAGUUAAAUAGUCUUGGGCAAACUGUUUUAAUGGAAGUUUCUUUUAAAUUUGAAAGGUUAGCCUGAUUAAUCAACUGGGUGUUAUCUACCUGUUAAUAGUAUGAAAACUUGAGCAAAGUUAAACUGUUCUCUAAGCUGUGGUUGGUCUAUAUAUCCUGUGGACCAAACCUAUGUAAAAAUAGAAUUAAGUUGUGUGACUUCUUUUUAACUUCUAAUUUAUGUGUAUCAGAUUUUUUUUAUAAAACUUUUCAAUACAAAAAUAGCCAAAGGCAAUGCUGUCCACAAGUAAUUAUAAAUAGUUCAGUUACAUCUCAUUGUUUUUCCCAUAGUUGAGUUUAUUUCACUUGCUGCCUGCAGAUCAAAAGCAAAGUAGGGAGAUGUUUUUGACCAUCUAUGUAUUACUUUGCUUUUCUGCCUGGCUCUGCUAUGAAAGGUCUAUCAAUACGUAAUGCAGGUGGCAGCUGAACCAUGGUGAUGAUUAGUACUAGCAAACAGGGCCACUGCAGUUAAAAGCAGUAGCCUGAGAAGUCUGUAAAUAGUCAUGAACUCUUAAAGCAUUCAAGAAAACAGUGUCUAGGCAAAAUGCUCAAGUCUCUUUAAUUUGCUGAUUUUAAAUGUAAAACUGUUGUAAAUGAUAACACUGUACAGUCUUUCUGCUGAAAGCAGUUAAUGUUUCCAUUGCUUUUUUUGUAUGGGAUGUUGCUGGAAAAUAA